AUGAUUGAAAAGUUUACAGGCCACAGAUCCAAGCAACGUACAUAUAUAUAUACAGGAGUAGUAGUAUGGCUACUUGUCAUCAACAUAUGGCUAUUUCACACCUAUUACUCCCGUAAUAGUGAUCUGCGAUAUUUGACAAAAUCAUCCAUUUAUGAUGCAUAUGAUCCAUCAAAUCAACAGGUACAACAACAGCAACAGAAAUUGCUAGAAAAUCCAUCGUCCAAAUCAUUCAAAGAGGAUAUCACUAUCAAGUUGUUGCAAAAACAACAACUGAAAGAAAAGGAUAUUCGUAACAUUGAUGCUCAUGCUAGUAUAUACAACAAGAUUUUUGAAAACCAUGAAAUAGAUUCGAUAUUUGGUAAUCUCAAUUUCCAACAAAGAUGUGAUUUAUUUUUCCAAAACUUGUUUAUUAAUGACAAGAACUGGAUUUUCAAAGUUAAUGAAAAAAUUGAGCUUGAAAAUAAGCAUGAAUUUAAAUUUAACGACUGGAGAAAUAAUCAUUUGGAAGAUUACAAGAAGAAUUUUGCUGAGAAAAACAACAAGAAUAAAGACGAAGUUGAACAUACUGCCGAGUUUGAAACGUUUAUUAGAAAGGGAUAUGAAGAUUUUUGGAAUAGAACCAUGACUUAUGAACAAAACAUUGUCGACCAUAUUUCAAUUUUACGUGUGUUUAACAAGUGCUAUCUUACUAGUGAUAACACUACUCAGAUUAAACGCACCCAAGAGUUUAUCAAUAAGCAACAGAAACUAAUUCAUGGAGUCAAUAUAGCUUCAAAAAGCGGCAAGGGCGUACCACCAUUCUCUUACACCAAACAAGAAAACCUUAUUAACUUCAAAUCUAUCAAGCAUAGCGCAUUUGAACAUCGAGUGUACCCUUGGUUGUCAUUUGAAUAUCCAAUCUACGAACGAUUCACGGGUGAAUUAUUUUAUAAACCACCACAAAUGUCGAAAUUUGUCAAGGGAGACUCACAAAAGACGUCAAAAUCAUAUAAGGAAUCCGAACAAAUGGAUUUCUUUUUGAAUCGAUUCAAAAAUAAAUGUAAUGGUAAAGGUAUUGUUUUAUCCAUUGGUAAUGAUCAUGUUGAUGAUACGGUUCGUCUAAUUCAUUUACUUCGUGCAUUGAACAACAAAUUGCCUAUACAAAUUGUAUAUUAUGAUGAUAUUCUGGAUGAAACAAAAAAGAAGAUUGUCACUGCUGGCCGUGAAGUUAUAGUCACUUUACCCAAAUCAUUUGACAAGAUAGCUCAUUAUUUCCCUGAAGAUUAUCGUCAUAACGAAAAGGGGUUGCCCGAACAAGAAAUUUGGUUUGUCAAUACCUACAAUGUCAUUCAUAGUGAUUACAAGGAUAAAUUUAAGAAAUUCGCCAACAAGUUUCUUGCUACUUUUUUCAAUUCAUUUGAAGAGAUUAUGUUGAUUGAUGCUGACACAGUGAUGAUGCAAACACCAGAAUAUUUUUUCAAUUUGUUGGGUUACAAAGAAUCAGGCACUUAUUUUUAUAAAGAUCGAACGACAUUCGAAACAAGGCCAAUGUCGGAUUCCGUUUUCUUCAAAAAGAUUGGGCCCUCAAUUGUUGACUCGGUAAUGUUUGAUAUCCCUAUCAUGACAAAAUAUACAAUAGAUACCGAUUUUUUCAAAGGGUUGUUUCAUUAUCAAGAAUCAGGAUUGGUUAUGCUUAACCGUAAGAUCCAUUUCAAUGCCUUGCUCAUGAUGUUUCAAUUGAACUUUUAUGAACCAGUGACUAAACGGAGUCAUGGAGACAAGGAACUUUUCUGGUUAGCUAUGGCCAUUGCUGGUGAAGAAAACUAUGUAUUUGAUGAAAACCAUGCUGCGGCAAUCGGAAUCAAGACUACGCCACAAGACCGUCCCAGACCCGAUGGCCACACACCUCAUGAAUCAAUUGAGUUGUGCUCGCCUCAUCCUGGACAUGUAUCCAGUUCUGACAAUGCGUUAGUUUGGAUCAAUUCAGGGUUUUUCUAUUGUUCGAAAUCGCCCGAACUUGAUUUCGCAAAAGAAGCGGAACAAAAAGAUCGGUUAAAGGACUUGCAUACUGCUGAUCAAUUUCGUGCAUUUUACACUAGUCCCUUGCGUAUCAAGUCAGCCAUCAUUCCUCCAAAGGAUUUGAAUCAUUGGGGAGUAAAUAAUGAAGAUGAACCUAGCAGAGGAUGGUUUAUGGAUAGUCGAUACUGUAAAGGGUACAUGUGGUGUGCUUAUUCUUCGACUGGAGGCAAGACUAAAACAGGGGAGAAUAAUAAACGAGAAGGAAGAGUGAUUGAUUUUAGUUUACGUGAACAGGAGAUGUUUGAGUAUUAUGGAGAUGUAUGGGUAGGAUUGGAGUAA